UAUCUACAUAUACAUACAUAUAUUAUAAACAUGUAUAUGUAAAUAGGAUAUUUUAGCUGUUGAUUCAUUUAGAGUUCUCAAGGAAACAAUGGCAGUCUGGGCUGACGGCGGGAUAUCUCUGUCGACGGCGGGCAGCCUACGUGGUAGCUGCAGAUUGGGUGAGAGUAAAUGGAGGGUCGUCAAGUUUUGCAAUGGAGAGUUAAUGGGAGGAAAGGUUAAACCAAAGAUGGCACAGCUCUCCGCAAAUGGUGGCGCCGCCGAGAUUGCCAGACAACAUGUUUGCAUGUCUCUCACGGCUGAUGUAGCAAGCGAGGGCAAGUUGAGAGAUUUAGAGAUGCAAAAGCGGGAUCCAAGGACUGUUGUAGCGGUUAUUUUGGGCGGAGGAGCCGGGACUCGGCUUUUCCCACUUACCAAACGCCGUGCCAAGCCUGCUGUGCCAAUUGGAGGUGCUUACAGACUGAUUGAUGUGCCGAUGAGUAAUUGCAUCAAUAGUGGAAUCAACAAGGUCUACAUUCUCACUCAAUUUAACUCAGCGUCUCUCAACAGACAUCUUGCUCGCGCUUACAACUUUGGCAAUGGCAUCAAUUUUGGAGAUGGCUAUGUCGAGGUUUUAGCUGCCACGCAGACUCCAGGGGAGGCUGGUAAAAGGUGGUUCCUGGGUACUGCAGAUGCUGUGCGACAAUUUCAUUGGCUUUUUGAGGAUCCAAGAAGUAAGGAGAUUGAAGAUGUGUUGAUUCUAUCUGGGGAUCACUUAUACAGAAUGGACUAUAUGGACUUUGUUCAGAAUCAUCGUCAAAGUGGCGCAGACAUCACCAUUUCUUGUCUUCCAAUGGAUGACAGUCGUGCCUCAGAUUUUGGUCUUAUGAAGAUAGAUAACAAAGGAAGAAUCUUGUUCUUCAGUGAAAAGCCUAAAGGAGAUGAGCUGAAAGCAAUGGAAGUAGACACAACUGUUUUGGGACUUUCUCCGGAUGAGGCUCAGAAGAAGCCAUACAUUGCUUCAAUGGGGGUGUAUGUUUUCAAGAAGGAGAUACUGUUGAACCUUUUGAGAUGGCGUUUUCCAACAGCAAAUGAUUUUGGAUCAGAAAUUAUCCCUGCCUCAGCCAGAGAAUUCUUCAUAAAGGCUUAUCUCUUCAAUGAUUACUGGGAGGAUAUAGGGACCAUAAGAUCCUUCUUUGAGGCAAACCUUGCCCUAACUGCGCAUCCACCCAAGUUCAGUUUCUACGAUGCAGCAAAGCCAAUGUAUACAUCAAGAAGAAACCUACCGCCAUCCAAGAUAGACAAUAGCAAGAUUGUUGAUUCAAUCGUAUCUCAUGGAAGUUUCUUAACCAACUCUUUCAUAGAACACAGUGUUGUUGGUAUCAGAUCCAGAAUAAACUCCAAUGUCCACUUGAAGGAUACAGUAAUGCUUGGUGCAGACUUUUAUGAAACUGAUGCUGAAAUUACAUCCCUGCUAACUGAGGGUAGAGUUCCAAUGGGAAUUGGAGAAAAUACAAAAAUCAAAGACUGCAUCAUCGACAAGAAUGCCAGAAUUGGUAAGAAUGUGGUGAUUGCAAACUCAGAGGGGAUUCAAGAGGCUGAUAGAUCCACAGAGGGAUUUUACAUCAGAUCUGGGAUUGCCAUCAUUUUGAAGAACUCAACGAUUGAAGAUGGACUUGUAAUAUAAUUUAAGUUUCUAUUCCAUCAUUUUUCUUAAUUUUUUUUGUUUUGUUGGUUAACAGCAAAAGUAAAAAGUCUAAGAAAAUUAAAUUAAGCACGAAAAUGUAACCCAUUAUGUUCAGCAGUGGUCAAAUGAUGGUCAUGCUUAUUUUUGAAUUUACAAUGAGGUUACUGUAAAUCUUGGCUGAAAAAAAUAAUAGUUGAUAAAAACUUCUCCGCAA